AUGAAUGCUCAUUACGUGAGUACAUCACGAAGCAACCCUCUCUUUUACAUAUUCGCUCAGCUGUUCAAUCAAACUGGGAGUAUUGACAGCUGCGUGCAGCAAGCGCAUUUGGAGCAGUCUAAAGACGCCGCUUGGCUGGAGUUUUGGCAACGUGAGGGACACGAGCUGCUUGAACAAAAGUGGCACAAAACUCAUCCAGAUUACAAGCAGGAGAUCGAGGAAGCCACGAAUGAGCAGCGGGAGAACUGGGAGACAUUGUGGCAGCAACAUGCAAGCCAGAUGAGCGCACAUUUCUGGCAUAUAUUUACUUGUGCUUUUGAAAAUUAUGCAAACGAUCUGUCGAAUGGAUUGCGAAAAAUUGACGGAGUCCUGGACAACGUGGAUGAAUACUUCACUGAUUUAAAUAUUCAUCAAGAUCCAUACAGUGCAAAUAGUUCGGAGAGUGACGAGGAAGAGGAUGAAUCAUAUUUGACUGCUAAUGACGAUCCCGAUAUUUGUGACGAGCAACAGCAAUUAAAGCUGCUGGGAUUACCUACAUCCUUUGGCACUAAAGUAACCCAAAAGAAGCGCAGAAUAAAGCCAAAAUUUAAAAGUGAAUCUGACAGUGAAAGCGAUUCAAAUCAAUUGGAAAUGUCUAAGGAUGGAGAUAAGGAACUGCACGCGGUGCAAUCUCGCAACAUUAAGAAAAAGAAACGCAAAAGGGAAAGUAAAAUCCCAGAAAGCCUAAGAAAUAACAAUACCAUGUUAAAGUAUUGGUUUAAACGUUUUUCACUGUUUUCACUUUUCGAUCGAGGCAUUCGUUUGGAUGAUGAGAGCUGGUUCUCUGUCACCCCUGAGAAGAUUGCCAAGCAGAUUGCUCAACGACUUGCUAGCGACAUUGUGGUGGAUGCAUUUUGUGGCUGUGGUGGCAAUGCGAUACAAUUCGCCAAAACCUGUCGACGUGUGAUUGCCAUUGAUAUUGAUGCCAAUAAAUUGGAGAUGGCUAAGCAUAAUGCAGCAAUUUACGGAGUGGCCGAAAAAAUAGAAUUUAUACACGCUGAUUUUCUGCAUUUUGCUAGCAGCACUCGCUUGCGUGCCGAUGUUGUAUUCCUGAGUCCGCCUUGGGGAGGGCCGAAUUAUCAAAAGAGCGUAUUCAACAUUGAGGAGCAUCUGCUGCCGGUCGGCGCCUCACAAUUGAUGCAAUAUGCCAAACGUCUUUCGGAUAAUAUUGGCAUUUACUUGCCUCGCAGCUCGAGCAUUAAACAAGUGGUUGCUCUCUCGAAUGUGGGACAACAGUGCGAAGUGGAGCACAGUUAUUUGGAUACUCGUUUGGUGGCCAUAACUGCAUACUUUGGCAAUGUGAUAAAGACUGAGCCACAGCACAGUAAACAAGAAGAGUGACUAUCACAUAUUUUGUAUCACUAGAUACAAAUGAUAGCAGUGAAUAUUAUUUUUUCUAAUUUUCACAUAAUAUGAAUAAAAACGUAUGUAUGUAUUUAGGUGUAACUAAAAAAUAUUUGUUAAGUUGUAACUCAUUAAAUACUUGUUAUUUACUUAUUUGCAAUGGGUGACAACUCUGUUAGCUAAAACGUACUUAUUAUAAAUCUUAUCUUAGAGGUGGAACUAUUUCAAUGUUUAUUUAAUGUAAACUUUUCUAAGAUAGAUCGAUUAAUUUCGAAAUUUAAAUAAUUGUCUAAAAUAAGUAUCUUUAUCCCUAGUCUCUCUGGCUCUGGCUCAUCUCAAUUGAGAAUUGUUUUCAUUAUUACAAUAAAAUAAUUAUAAUAAUAAUAAA